AUGGCUGCAUUUAGUGAACCACAGAAAAUGAAAGCCAAAGCAGUGAUAGUUGAAGCCAUUGCCUUGAUAAGAACUAUAGAAGUAUGUAGAGAGAUGGGAUUCAACAAAGUGGUCUUUGAAGGUGAUGCACUUAUAGUAAUCAAUGCUGUGAAAGAAGAUGUAGCUUGCUGGGCUUGGUAUGGGCAGGUUGUGGAAGAUGUGAAGAGUAGCUUGAAAGAGUUGCUGCACUGGGAGAUACAAUUCGUUCGAAGAGAAGGCAAUAUGAUUGCUCAUAGUUUGGCAAAAGAUUACAACAUCAAUGGAACAGUCCCACCCUUUAUUUGCAACCUCAAGAACCUCACAACAUUUGAUGUUUAUAACAACAGUUUCCACUCAACGGAGUUCCCGAGAGCUCUUUACAACUGUUCGAAGUUGAAAAUUCUUGACCUCUCGCAGAACUACUUUUAUGGUGCAAUCCCCGAUGACAUUCACCGCAUGUCUCUGCUUCGAGAGCUCAACCUCGAAGGCAACAACUUCGACGGUAACAUCUUAGCAUCUAUUGGGUAG